GAUAGUUCAGCAUGCAUCAAUAGUUAGCUGUAUUCAGCAUAAUUAGUACAUACACUGUGAUGGACAGACUUUAUUAGCCGUAACCACUCCAUUAGAGUCACUGUUUCUGACUUGAGGGCUUCAUCUGUUAGUCACAACAAACAUGAGAGGCUCAGUCACAAAAGUGAAAGCACGUAUUUUAUUGAUUUCCUCACAGUGUUGUGUUUGUCCACUUAUUUAACAACUGUGUACAUUUUAUAUAUUUGAAUAUGCUAAAUUCUUCAUGUACAGUAAAUAUUCCAUGUGAACCAUGGAAUUUAAGGUUUUAUAAAAAAAAAAAAUUUGUUGAUAUUUGUUGAGAAGAGUCAAUAGUACAUGAACAUUUGUAUUUAUACAGUACAUUUAUUUUGUACAAAUGAAAUCUUGCUUGUUCAUUUACUGUACAUUUCAUAUUUCUUUUGUUACAACAAAUACGCAAAAAUGCACAGUAAAAAUUACUGUGAUUUUAACUGAAAAACACUGAAAAUGCUACAGUAAAAACCUGUUAAAUUGUUAACAGGAAAUUCCUGUAAAAUUCCUGUUCCUAGAAUUCCCUGUAUUGCAUUUCAAAUUUUGUUUGAAUUUUGAAUAGUUUUUUCAUUAAAAUCACUGUUUCUUUUUAGUUUUUCCAAUUGGUUAUGUUUAUUAGGGUUGCAUGUUAAAUCUAAUAUUGUUGAAUGUUUAUUGCAUAUUUCGGUUUAACAAAACUUUUUCAUGGUUAUCGGUGUAUUUCAAAGGUACAAAACCGAUUUCAGUACUUGAAUAGAUUGGUAUAUUAACAUUAUAUCCGUUAAUGAAAUUACGGUAUUUAACAGUAAAUUUAAGUAAAAGUAAAACCUAAAAUGCUGUUACCGUAUUUUUAAUUGUAGAAUUUCAACCACAGUUGCCAGUUUUUCACUGUAAAUUUUACAGAUUUUUUUUACAGUGUUGGUCAUUUGUCAAUUCAGCAUACAUUACAAUGUCAUUGCCAGAUAUUUCUGGAAUGUAUGCGUGUGUGCCAGUUUUCAUAAUUGAAUGGAUCGUUUUGAAUGUUUUGGCGUGCGUGAUGAAGAAGACCGUUUAUGUGAGAAUCGACAAACCAUAUGCAAUUAGUUCUUAGACAAUUGUACUCGUUGUUUGCACACAUGUGAAAAGAACAUAAUAAUACAAAAUAAAUUACAAUCUGAUGCGAACAAGAAGCUAAUUGUUCAGAGAAAUUGUUCACACACGCAUAGACUGAAUAAAGCACCAAAAUAUUGAAGGUAACAUGCUAGAUAUAAAAUCAUGAUCAUGACCAGGAAAUAAAUAUAAUGUAUAAAAGAUGAAAAUUCUAGUUUAGCAGCAUAGAGUCUAAAAUAUAUUGUUUUACUGUUGUUUUCAUUUACCCAGUUGAUAUGACGAUUUUUGAAUGGCGCAUGCAUAAGUUAUGUGCUCUUUAUGGUUUUUGUUUUAUUAAACCUGAACUGAACCUAGCAGUCGUGAUUCAUCUCUCUCCCUCUCUUCCCUGUCGAGAACUCUGAACUUGUGGGUUUGGCUUGUGUGGAUGGAUGUAAUUCAGUCGCGAGCGUCAGAGACGCUUAAGCUCCGCAGCCCACCUCACCUGAACCUCAACCUUUCCUUCAGGAAAACGUAUUGAUUGAAAAAAGAAACAGAAGAACAUGCACUUGUUUAUUGUAUGUCCAUUUAUAAAUACAGCUGCAUAACAUUUCUAAAGAUCUCUGUUUAACUGAUGCGGAUGUAUCCUGAGGCACAGGAGGUGUUAUUGGAGACGGCGAGGUGAAAACGCUGCCUGGGAAUCGGUUGUCAAACGUAAGGGCAGCCUGGUCUUUCUCUAAAAUCUGACAUGGCCAUGUGAUAAAUGGAUUCCCUCAGCUUAAUCAAUGGCUCCUCUGGGAGCAAAGAGCUGGCCGUCGGGGAGGAUUCAUCUGACGUGACUCUGAAUCAUCCGCUGCUAGAGCUGGGGGACAGCACCAAGCUUCUUGGGGUACAGGUGGUCCUGAUUUUGGCAUACUCUACCAUCAUCCUAUUGGGCGUUGUGGGGAACUCCCUGGUGAUUUAUGUGGUUUACAAAUUUAAGACGCUCCGUACCGUCACCAACUUCUUCAUUGCAAACCUCGCUGUGGCCGAUCUGCUCGUCAACACGUUGUGUCUCCCGUUCACUCUGGCUUACACUCUGCUCAGGGAAUGGAAGUUUGGACAAGUGCUUUGUUUCACUCUGCCGUACGCUCAAGGUCUCGCCGUCCACGUCUCUACGAUUACAUUAAACGUAAUUGCAUUGGAUCGGCACAGAUGCAUCGUUUAUCACCUGGACACUCGAAUGUCAAAAGACACCUGCUUUCUGGUCAUUGCCAUCACCUGGGUGGUAAGCGCUGUUCUGGCUAGCCCACUGGCCAUAUUCAGGGAGUAUGGAAUCGUAGAUCUUUCUCCAGAUAACUCCAUUGAGGUUUGUGGAGAGAAGUGGCCUGACAGUAGUACAGAUAGCACUCUAUACUCAAUCUCCACGCUGCUGCUGCAAUAUGUGUUGCCUCUGGCAAUCAUCUCUUUUGCCUACAUCCGUAUCUGGAGUAAACUCCGCAAUCACGUCAGCCCAGUUGGUCGCAAUGACAGGCAUCAGCGCCGCCGCAAGACCACCAAGAUGCUGGUUACCAUGGUCGUGGUGUUUGCGGUCAGCUGGCUGCCUUUUCACGCCUUCCAGCUCGCCAUUGACAUUGACCACAAUGUUUUGGACAUGAAGGACUUCAGGCUUCUUUACACAGUUUUCCACAUUGUGGCCAUGUGCUCAACAUUUGCCAACCCACUACUGUAUGGUUGGAUGAACCGGAACUACCGCAGUGCAUUUGUUGCAGUCUUCAGUUGCAAAGAACGGCUUGAUUCGCUGCACACCGAGGGCCAGGCUGCCACAGCGGUUCGCAGCAAACCCAAAAAGGCUUUAGCAGCCCAAGAUAUAGUGACGACACAUCUCAAUGCAACAGAUGUCUGAGGUAGGGGUACUGAAAGGAUUACUAAUGCCUGUUCAAAACUGUGGAGGAUUUAUCAUAGCGGGAACUUCCUGGUGAUUGGUGUGGUUCAUACCAUUCAUACCAUUAUGACCGUGCCAUGUCCAGUCUGCUUGUUCUCGCAGUGUCUCCCAUCUAUUUUGGCUUACUCCAGCAAGUGAAUUGCUUCACUCUCAAGGUCUUGAUGUCCAUAUCCCUGUGUUAAAAAAAAUAUUCUGGAGGCAACUUCACCACAAAAUGACUUUUGUUUAACUAUUUUGCAAAAAAAGAGCACAGACAAGUGGAGGCGUUCGUGUUUGGAAGAUCCCCCCAUCAUCUUCAUCAGUGCGUCUUCAAAAAGAUGCAUAAAUUGGCUGAAUAUACCUAUACUUGAAGCAGGAACAUUUGCACCAAUAUUUAUGCAUCUUGCUGUGUGGAUGCCUCUACAUUUGUAGGAAUGAUAACUAUACUCCAUUUUGAAGAUGUUUUCAGAUGUUUUCAGAUGUUGCCAUAUGACUAAUGAGUGCUCUCUAAUCUUUAAGCAGACAUCAUUUUGUGUGAACUUACAGGCAGGUUGUGCACUCAAAUGGCUCUAGAACGUGUUAACAGCAAAUUGCUUCUCCUUUCAUCUGAAAGUAAUUUGCACAGAGGAACAGGCACUCCUUCAGACUAACAACAGCACGAAGACACCCCUACCCCUGCGGUAUGAAUGUUUCAACACAAAGAUCUGUAUUAUCGCCUCCAUUAAACCUUGCGGGAUGUUCUGUCAGUCCAGUGCUUUGAAAAUAUUAUGAAUGUAUUCCAUCUAAAAUACAUAACCACGAAUUUGAUGGAUCAAAGUGAACUGUUCACUUGCAUUUUUUAGAAACUUAACCCAAGUAAUGGGUUGGCAUGUGCAAAUAUGACAACAUAGAUGUGCAUUUGAAAAAACCAAAAAACAAACCCAUACACGCAGUAAUGGAAAUGUGCUUUCUACUGUAUAUUGUUGUCUUCUGUAAAGCUGUCACAUUUGCAAUCACCAUGCCAGAUGAAUGUAAUUUCAAGAAAAAUCUAUAUUCUUCUAUGUAAGAAAACACCUGACACACAUGAUGUGUGUGUAUAUAUAUAUAUAUAUAUAUAUAUAUAUAUAUAUAUAUAUAUAUAUAUAUAUAUAUAUAUAUAUAUAUAUAUAUCACAGAGUAAUUCAUCUGCCUUUGAAAAUGUCACUUAGAGAAUUACAGCCAACAUAUUAGAGGUGAAAACAUAAAAACAUCCUCUUAUUCCCCUAUGUUCUCCAAUUUCCUGAAGGAAAAUCGAACGCAAUUCUGCUUUAAAAAGGAAUGACUCACACAAGUUAUGGGUUUGCUGAUGUAUUUUUAUUGAAAUGGGAGGUAUAUGCUUGUCCACUGUAGAACUAAAUGACUCAUUUUAACCUAAAUUGUCUGCCGGAAAUGAGAACGCCAUGUUUAAUUAGUACUGUGGGCUUCUUUGUGGAUCCUGCCUGAAUUGAGGAUGAGAAUUGAGAAUUAUUUGCAAAAUAUAACUGCGUUGAACUGCAAUGGUGUUGUUUUUGUUAAAAAAAUAUUCUCUAUUUAAUAUUUGUUCUCUCUUGAAUAAGAAAGUAAUUUUGACCAGGUCUUCAGCAUAUUAAAACAAACAAUAGUGAUGGAAGUCUAUAAUGCAUUACAUGGCAUAAAUGUAUAUAUUCUUAUGAAAGUCGUGUAAAGCCAUAUUACCAGAUCUGCUGAGAAAAAUUGCACAAUUUUGCAACAUUCCACUCGCAUUUCAGUUUUUACACCUCUUUGAAUUUACUUUAAAGUGCAUUCGUUCAUUGCAACAAGCAAUUCGUCCGCUUCACAGAAUGAAAAAUCGUAGGCAGAAUCGAAUCUGACCGAGAUCUUUGACCAAUGAGAGUUCGUGUUAGGCAGGGCUGACAGCAUGACACCAGCAUGAUCGUAUUAUUUAUUUCUAAAUUAUUGUUCCUGGCAACAGCCUGUAGACACUGAAACUAGUUUUAAACGCAAAACCUUUCUUAACAAAGAGAAAGAUGCCAAAUAGACAAGUGGUGCCUAAUUAUUUAGUUGACUAUUUUUUUGUUUUACGCACAGUCAACAAAAUCACCAUUCCAGUUUUUCUUCAGGGACCUCAGUUCACACAUCAAUCACACGUCAUUGUCUGUGAGGGUGUUACAAAAACAGCCACUAGUGUUAAUCAGCCAGCCCUCUUUAUAACUUAUAAUCAUUAUAUUUACAUAACCAUGAAUGCUUUUACCUGGUACAGUUUUGGAAAAAUAACUAAAAACAGACUUUCACUCUGCAAACCAUUUACGGUGUAACAUAAAGUACUUAUGAACAUGUAUAUUUGUGGAUCUGUUUUGGUGAAAUGUUAUUCUUGUUUGUAUUAACAGAUGUUGUUUACAUUUAAAAACGUUAGGUACCAAAACGUUGGUUUAUACCAACCAAAUUGUGCUGUGAUACAUUAAAAUUAUUUUUUAAUGUUAAAAUAAUUUUAAUGUAUUAAAAUUUUCAUGUAUAAUACAUUAAAAUUAUUUUUUAAUGUUGUGUAAUUUAUAUAUAUAUUUGCAAUAUAGCGGGUGAAAUAUAAAGAUGAUAGCUCUUUGUAAAUAAACUUAUUUGAAUUGAAUCUCACAAUAAAA